AUGCGGGCCCAGGGUGUCGCAGUGAGGCUGCAGCUGCUGCUGCUGGCGCUCCUGACGCAGUCGGCGGUGCGUAUCCUGUCCGACAGCAGCUGCGCCGGUGCUGGAGACGUCCGCUGUGUAGUGGACCAUGCGGCGGACAACGGCAACGGCGUCGCUUCCAGUUCAGAUUUGCCCCACAACGAAUCCAGCCAUGACGUGGGCGCAUUGCCAGACCUGGUGCGUCACUGGGGCUACGACGAGGACAACGUGUCGGUGAAGUCGACGUACCUGAGCGAGAAGGAGGUGCCGCUGGUGUGGCUGUCCGACUCGCAGCGCCGCUACAGGCUGGACAGCGCGCACUUCCACUGGGGCGGCAGCGAGCACACCCUCAACGGAGAGAGGUUCGCUAUGGAGAUGCACGUGGUGACAUUUGACAGGCGCUACCCAUCGCUGGAGAAAGCCAAGAGCCAGAAGAACGGCAUACUCGUGCUCGGCUACUUCUUCCGGGCGGCGGCGACGGGCAGCGCGGCGCUGCAGCAGCUGGUGUCGCGGCACCUGCCCGCCGUGGUGCGGCCGCAGUCCUCGCGGCUGGUGGCGCGGCCGCUGCGCCUGUCGCGGCUCGCCCACCCCUUCGAGAAGUCCUUCCUGCUCUACCAGGGCUCGCUCACCACGCCGCCCUGCAGCCAGGUCGUCCGCUGGGUCCUCUCCAAGGACGUGCACUCCGUCUCCUGGCAGCAGCUUUUGCUACUGUCACGCCUACAGAACGACAAGGGCAAACCGCUAGUGCGCAACUGGAGGCCCCUGCAGCCGCUCAAUGGCAGGACUGUUACCAACGUCUUCUCACCUGCCCUGCCCAGAGGCAUCUGGUGCUAA